UUUAUCUACAUUUAUCCAACUCUAAUUGUAUUUAAUUUAGCAGAAAGGUGUGGAUCGAGGCUGAUGGACAGAGGUGAUGGAAGCCGCACCCAGUGCUAUAAGUUAAUGGGGAAGAGAGAUCUGUUGUCACAAACCGCCCUCACAGCUUCUUUGGCGCCAACUGCCUCUCCACCUUUCCAGUCAUCUCUUUAUUUUUCUUAGUCUCCCUGCUUUCUCUUUUUCCCUCUUUCUCUCCAUACCUGUAGCCUACCAACAGCUGUUUGGAUGUUUUAUUUUUGCAUUUACAAACUGUUGUUAUUUUCUUCGCCAACACCAACAGAUUUAUAAACAUUAUGGAUGUGAGUUUUUCAGGGUGAAAUAUUCUCGGGGCUCUGCCCUCGCGCUACGCCGUAAGAGUGACCACAUGAGUUCAGCUGGGUGAGACAAGACCCCCACGGUGCACAUCGGAGUAGCCUACUACCAGCUCAUGUGCUGCCUGCUACCAUGGAGCGGUCAUGGGUCGGUCUGCUGCUCCUCGCGCUCUGCCUUUUACUUACGGAAGUCAGCGGGAGAAAUCCCACAUGUCACUUCAUCUGGGAGCUGCAGAGGGCGGAGCUAGAGUGUCACAAUCAGCUGGAGAAACAAUCACUAGAGCCUCCCGGAUGUGGUGGUCUAUGGGACAACAUCUCAUGCUGGGCCCCAGCAGCAGUAGGGGAAGAGGUGACUCUCUCCUGCCCCCCUGCUCUCACACACCUCUUCGGACGACAUGGUACCUUUAGUAGGAACUGUACUGAGGCUGGCUGGUCUGACAUCUACCCCAGCAUCAGCACGGUCUGCUGGUCCAGCGACAACAAACCUAACAAGCUGCUGUUCUACUCAGUGGUGAAGACUCUGUACACUCUGGGCCACAGCCUCUCAAUUAUUGCUCUCGUCACCUCUACAUUCACCCUCUGUCUGAUCAGGAGGCUCCACUGCACUAGGAACUACAUCCAUGUGAACCUGUUUGUGUCGUUCAUCUUGCGAGCGGUGGCUGUGCUGGUUAAAGACUCUGUCAUCUUCUCCCAGAACCAAAACACUGACUGUAGCACACAGCCCUCACUGGUGGGCUGUAAGGUCAGUUUGGUGAUGUUUAACUAUUUCAUAAUGGCUAACUUCUUCUGGCUGCUGGUGGAGGGGCUCUACCUACAGACACUGCUCCUGGUAACCUAUUCAUAUACACACCUCGCUGUCUACCUCACAAUCGGCUGGGGGUUACCCUCAGUAUUUCUGGUGAUCUGGAUCUUCUGUAGGAUGUAUCUGGAAGACACCGACUGCUGGGAGAGGAAUGACAUUCCUACCCCUAGGAGGGUGAUCAACUGGCCCAUAAUGGCAUCUGUGAUAAUCAACUUUGUUCUGUUCAUCAGUAUCAUCCGUAUCCUGGUCCAGAAACUACUCUGCUCUGACGUGGGCGGGAACACCCAAUCACAGUACAGGUGUCUGGCUAAGUCCACCCUGCUGCUGAUUCCUCUAUUUGGAGUCAACUACAUGGUGUUUGUCUACCUGGUGGAGACAGAGAGCGACAGGAUGGCAGAAUAUAAGAUUAUCUUUGAUCUGGGACUGGGGUCAUUCCAGGGUCUGGUGAUAGCUACUCUCUACUGCUUCCUCAACACCGAGGUCCAAGGGGAACUGAAGAGGAUGUGGAGGAGUGUGUCAUUAAAGCAUUACAUCGGGUGGGACUGCCUUCUACAUAAUGCGUCAAUCAGCCGUAACUCCACCCACUUCAAGCGGAACUCCAGAGCCCAGUCCAUCCUGCAGACGGAGACCACUUCACUGUGACCCAGAAGUAGUUCCACCUCUGUGGCCUGGAAGUGGAUCUAACACAAUAUAACCUGGAAGUGGAACUAACUCUGUCUUUGACCAUGAAGUGAAGCUGGGGUAAAUCAACCAACACAAGUUGAGGGUCAGCUGAAAAGCGUGCGUGCGUGCGUGCGUGCGUGCGUGCGUGCGUGCGUGCUAUAUAUAUAUAUAUAUAUAUAUAAUGUGUUCUGAAAGCUAUUAUAGAACAUCAUAUAUCCUAUGUUUAUGAGGCAGAAGCCUGGAGCACUGAGCUUUCUGUUUUCCACUGGAAUGGGCUUGGUAUUCCAGGUAUUAUAUAUCUAUAUGUAUAUAUAUAUAUACACACACACACACGAUAACAUUGCCAAAUAAAGUGAAAGUAGAUAAUAAACAAAAGUUAAAUAAACAAUACAAAUUAACAGUAAACAUUACACAAGAAUAAAGACAUUUCAAAUGUCAUAUUAUGUAUAUAUACUGAGUGUUGUAACGAUGUGCAAAUAGUUAAAGUACAAAAGGGAAAAUAAAUCAAUCUGGGUUGUAUUUACAA